AUGGGGCUACUGUUUGCCAAAAUCUGGAGUUUAUUCGGCAAUGAAGAACACAAACUCGUCAUGGUGGGUUUGGACAAUGCCGGCAAAACCACCAUCCUGUACCAGUUUCUAAUGAACGAAGUCGUCCACACAAGCCCUACGAUCGGAUCGAACGUGGAGGAGAUUGUAUGGAAAAACAUUCACUUUCUCGUGUGGGAUCUCGGUGGACAGCAGAGUUUACGGGCGGCAUGGAGCACGUACUACACAAACACAGAGUUCAUCAUCAUGGUAAUAGACUCAACCGAUCGCGAACGGUUAGCGGUGACGCGCGAAGAAUUGUACAAAAUGUUGCAGCAUGAAGACUUAACGAAAGCUAGUUUACUAGUGUACGCAAAUAAGCAGGAUCUAAAAGACUCGAUGAGUGCAGCUGAAAUAUCGAAACAAUUAGACCUAACCUCAAUUAAAAAUCACCAGUGGCACAUACAGUCCUGUUGCGCACUGACGGGCGAAGGUUUGUACCAGGGAUUAGAAUGGAUAGCACAAAGGAUUAAGAAGAAAUGA